GUCAUCGGCUGCCAGGGUGCUCUGCUUUCCAGGAUACAAGUUGUGGGGCGCGCAGAGGGCUCCGCAAAGGCUGCAGAUGAUGACUGCCCCGAGCGGGGAGCGCUCAUCUUCUGCACGGCUCUGCCUCGCCCUCGGCGCCUUGGGGCUGGCGUUGCUGGGGGACGUGUCCAGGGCUGUCCCCAUGGACGAUCAGGACUAUUACCUGCAGGAGAUUAGCAACAGGGAUCAUUAUUAUUCCUUUCCGUAUCCCGGUGAAGAGUUUUUUCCUUUCACGGAGCAACCCGGAGGGGAAGGACCUAUCCGUGCUGCAGAGACAGAAGAGCACCCAGGGUUCAAACCGAGCAGGAAAGAGUUAAAACCGAAGAAAAGCAACAAAAAGGGAAAAUCCGUUCUUGAAACUGCACCAGAUUGUCCUCCGCUUGGUCUGGAGACGUUAAAAAUCACUGACUUCCAGCUCCACGCCUCGACAGCCAAGCGGUACGGGCUGGGGGCCCACAGGGGCAGGCUGAACAUUCAGGCAGGUGUUAAUGAAAACGAUUUUUAUGACGGUGCUUGGUGUGCUGGCAGAAACGACCCCUACCAGUGGAUUGAGGUGGAUGCCCGCAGGCUGACCAAGUUCACCGGGGUCAUCACGCAGGGCAGGAACUCCCUCUGGUCGAGCAACUGGGUGACCUCCUACCGAGUACUGGUGAGCAACGACAGCCACGCGUGGACGGCUGUCAGAAAUGAAUCUGGCGAUGUGAUUUUUGAAGGGAACAGCGAGAAGGAGAUCCCAGUUCUGAACAUGCUGCCAGUGCCGCUGGUCGCGCGCUACAUCCGCAUAAACCCCCGCUCCUGGUUUGAGGAAGGCAGCAUCUGUAUGAGGCUGGAAAUCCUAGGGUGUCCUUUGCCAGACCCAAUUAUUAUUACCACAGAAAGAAAUGAGAUGACCACCACUGACAACCUGGACUUUAAGCAUCACAACUACAAGGAAAUGAGACAGUUGAUGAAGACUGUGAAUAAAAUGUGCCCAAAUAUCACCAGAAUUUACAACAUUGGGAAAACCCAAGGACUCAAGCUGUACGCGGUGGAGAUUUCAGACAACCCGGGAGAGCACGAAGUUGGGGAGCCAGAGUUCCGGUACACUGCAGGCGCUCACGGGAACGAAGUGCUCGGCCGUGAGCUCAUCCUCCUGCUAAUGCUGUUCAUGUGCCAGGAGUACCUGGCUGGCAACCCACGCAUCGUGCACCUGAUCCAGGACACCAGGAUCCACCUCUUGCCCUCAGUCAACCCAGAUGGGUACGACAAGGCAUACAGAGCGUGGUUGCAGCUGGGGGGCUGGUCUCUAGGACGCUGGACUCAGGACGGGAUCGACAUCAACAAUAACUUCCCUGAUUUGAACUCCCUGCUGUGGGAGUCUGAAGACCAGAAGAAGAGUAAAAGGAAAGUUCACCAUCACAUCCCCAUCCCAGACUGGUACCUGUCCGAAAACGCCACUGUGGCCGUCGAGACGCGAGCAAUCAUAGCAGGAUGGAGAAAAAUCCCCUUCGUGCUGGGGGGCAACCUGCAGGGCGGGGAGCUGGUGGUGGCCUACCCCUACGACUUGGCGCGGUCGCUGUGGAAGACGCAGGACUACACGGCCACGCCCGGACACGUCUUCCGCUGGCUCGCCUACGCCUACGCCUCCCACGCACCGCCUGAUGGGACCGACGCCAGGAGGAGAGCCGGCCACACCGAGGACUUCCAGAAGGAGGAUGGCACCGUCAAUGGCGCCUCCUGGCACACACGUGGCUGGAAAAACGACUUCAGUUACCUGCACACAAACUGCUUUGAGCUCUCCAUCUACGUUGGCUGUGACAAGUACCCGCACGAGAGUGAGCUGCCCGAGGAGUGGGAGAACAACCGCGAGUCCCUCAUCGUCUUCAUGGAGCAGGUCCAUCGGGGCAUCAAAGGCAUCGUGAGAGAUGUGCAUGGGAAGGGAAUCCCCAACGCUGUUAUUUCAGUAGAAGGCGUUAACCACGACAUUCGCACAAGCGCUGACGGCGACUACUGGCGUCUGCUCAACCCGGGCGAGUACGUGGUGGGCGUCAAGGCCGAGGGCUACACCGCUGCCACCAGGACCUGCGAAGUUGGCUACGACAUGGGAGCUACUCAGUGCGACUUCACCAUCUCCAAAACCAACCUGGCCAGGAUCAAGGAGAUCAUGAGGAAGUUCGGGAAGCAGCCGCUCAGCCUGUCCGCGCGGCGGCUCCGGCAGCGGGCACGGCAGUGGCGGCAGCGGCGAUAGGCCUCGGCCUGCGGCGGGCACUGGCUCUGCCCCUGCCAGCCCCUGGCUCUGCCCCUGCCAGCCCGGCUGUAGUCAUAGUGAAGUUCUGUAGCCCAUCUCUUCGUGCGCAUCGCUCUGCA